AUGGGCAGCACCGGGCCCGCCACGCCGCCGUGGCUCGCCAAAGCCGAGCGCAAGCGCGCCCUGCAGCAGGCCGCCAUUCACUCGUUCCUGUCCGGGUAUCCAUCCCUUCCGCCCGCCCAACGCCCAGCCGCGGACUCCGUUCCGGACAUCGACGACGUCGAGCAGCUGCUCGAGAGCAUCUCCACGCGCGCAGUGACCGCCGAGGACGUGGUUGUCGCAUACUCGCACAGCCUUACGGAGGUGCUUUUCGACGACGCCGUCCGCCGUGCCAAGGAGCUUGACCGGUACCUUGCGGCCGCCGGCAAGCCGAUCGGCCCCCUUCAUGGCCUACCCGUGACUCUCAAGGACCAGUUCGACGUCAAGGGAUACGACAGCACCAUUGGCUACGUCGCCAAGGCUUUCCGCCCUGCUCCCGAAGAUGCCGUCGUCGUCGCCCUCCUGAAAGAACUGGGGGCGAUCAUAAUUGCCAAAACAAAUCUCCCACAGUCUAUAAUGUGGUGCGAAACAGACAACCCGCUGUGGGGGCUCACGACCAACCCUCGCAAUCCCGCCUUUACGCCCGGAGGCUCGACUGGCGGGGAGAGUGCGCUACUCGCACAGCACGGCUCAAUCGUUGGGUGGGGGACGGAUAUUGGAGGGUCCAUUCGCAUCCCAAGCCAUAUGCUCGGCCUCUAUGGCCUGAAACCCAGCAGUGGUCGGCUGCCCUACCAGAAUGUCACCGUUUCGACCGAUGGACAGGAGCAUGUCCCGUCCGUGAUCGGUCCUUUAACAAGGACGUUAUCCUCCCUACGAUUCAUCACCAAGACAGUCGUCGAUGCUGCACCUUGGCAGUAUGAUCCAAAAGUUGUCCCUCUACCUUGGCGGGCCGACGUUGAAGCAGAAUUCCAAUCCCGACCGCUGGUCAUAGGCUUGCUCGUCGACGACGGUGUAGUCAGAGUCCAUCCUCCAGUAGAGCGCGUCGUGCGAGAAGCGGCUCGCAAGCUGGAAGCAGCAGGCCAUGAAGUGAUCCCCUGGGACCACAGCGGCCAUCGAGAGUGCAUCGACAUCAUGGACCAAUUCUACACGGCCGACGGCGGUGAAGAUAUCCGCAGGGAGGUUCUUGCCGGAGGGGAGCCGUUCAUCCCGCACGUCGAAGCCCUCGUGAACAAAGGCAAGCCCAUCUCCGUCUACGCGUACUGGCAGUUGAACAAGAUGAAGCAAGAGCAGCAGAAGCGCUACCUUGACAAGUGGAAUGCGGUUCGCGCGCCAUCGGGCCGCAGGGUUGACGUCCUGCUCACUCCGGUGAUGCCUCAUUCCGCGGUGCCCCACCGGGGCUGUCGAUGGGUGGGCUACACAAAGGUCUGGAACUUUCUGGACUACAGUGCCGUGGUGUUGCCAGGCGGCGCCGUAGACAAGACUGUAGACACGAAAGCCGACCACGCGGGCUAUGAGCCAAGGAACGAGCUGGAUAGGUGGAACUGGAAUAUCUACGACCCGGAAGCUAUGGAUGGCAUGCCCGUCGGUGUGCAGAUUGUUGGCCGCAAGCUUGAGGAAGAGAAGGUUCUCGGAGCGGCCAAGGCGAUAGAGUCUGUCCUUCAGAGAAAGUGA